AUGAUAGCAGUUCUAAAGCCUCCCUACAUGGGCCAACCUCUAUGCAAUAGUUCACCCUGUGUAAUUACACACCAGCAGUCUUUCCCAUCUUGCAUCCUGGCGGUCCCUUGUUUCGAUGGCACUUAUCUCCCGAAGCAAGAAAAUCAGUUUUUGCUUCUUACUGUGGAUGAUCUGGAAACAUACCUACAGAAAGGAAAGUUUAAAACCGUGCUCCUGUUCCCUCCUUUACCAAGCAGACUGAGAUACCUGAUUCACAGGACGGUUGAAGACAUACCAGAGCUCACUACCUUCUCUGUGGGGGAGAGUUGGUGCCGUAGGGUGGUGGUCUGCCCCUCUGAGCUCAGGGUUGAAUUGGAAGAAGACAGUGAUGCAGAGAGCACCAGCUGCUUCUCUGAAGCGCCCCCCGGCAGCAGAGCAACAAAAGAAUCCAACGUCAAGGCGAAACCUUCUAUCCUGUCACAGAACAGAGCACCUAAAAGGCCGGACAAGCCUCUCUACAUGCCGCGAGCCGCUCGUGAGAGGCUGUCUCUGCACAGCUCCAUUGGCUCCCCUGCAAACAAUGACUUAAAAAGUUCUGCUCAGAUUAGCUGCAGUCCUGCAGAUUCUCAUUCCUCCGCUAAAGCAGCAGAGCAAACAUCAGACCGCGCCUUCUCUGGACUGGAACCGUGUCUCGCCGACUACGUAACCGCUACGACUGAGAACGAUUCAGAACUUUGUCUUCAGGAAAGGAUUGAAACAUUGACGCCGCGGCUGCAGGAGAAGGAGAAUGCUGUCUGGGACCAGACGCAGUUGUCAUUUUCAGAGAUGAAGUUGGAAGAAGCAACGGGAGAAGAUUUGGACAAGGUUGAGACUGAGGAGGAGAGCACAGACAUGGACGAUGUGACAAAACAGAUCAAGAUGCAGCUAAAGGAGAGAGAUGUCUCCAUUGAACUUGUUCACAAUGACUACUCUAUCUACGAGAACGUGUUCCUCAACUCUGAUGACUUCAGCCACGUCAUUGAGAUCUACGACUUCCCAGUUAUUUUCAAGACUGAAGACAUUCUGGAUGCCUUUGCUCAAUAUAGUGACGGUGGGAUGAAGAUCAAGUGGGUGGACGACACACACGCUCUUGGUGUUUUCUCCAGCCAGGAAGCAGCGCUGCACGCCCUCUCCAUCUGCCAUCCAAUGCUGAAGGCUCGAGCUCUUUUCCAAGGGAGUAAAAAAGCACAGGGCAAGGCUGUCAGAAGAGCAGAGUUCCUCCAGCCGGUGAGGGAGCGUCCCAGGACGGACUGCGCCGUGGCCAAACGGAUGGUGUCCAGAGCCUUAGGCAUCCGGGGGCGAGGCAGACUGCACAGAUACUUACAAGACUCUGAGCCUUAAAACCGUUGCAAGCCAACAGAGCGUAUGGGCGGUGAAUGCCAGAGAAGGCUGGACUUGUUUGGAUCCACCGCCAAAACUCUUCCAGCCUCUUUAAUUUCACGGAGCUGCAAGGAGCCAGUCCAGAUAGACCGGGUCCUUGGAGGAAUUCAGCUGCUGAAAUCAAACACACCCUGAGUGUUUUUAUAGCUGAACCCGACCUCUGACUGUUCACUGUUGGUCAGCACUAACAAGUCAAAGAUCUCUGCAAAGGAUCCAAAAGAUAUUUUCAGGAUUUCAGUUCAUCUGGAUCGUUCAUUUUAUUCUGGUUUGAACUAUAAUCUUUUAAGUGGCCUGGCCUUAUUCAAGAAGUGUUACUUUCCUUUUGUUGCACAGUUUAAAAAUGUUAACAAGUGUUGAUUUGUUUAUAUAACUAACGUCUAAAUGAAGAAAUGUCAUGAUUUAACUUUUUUUUCCUUUUUGUUAAUAAAAGUUUCAACAUGUUCCAUUCAUUUUGUUGUAAUUAUGUAAUAGGAGGUUUUAAAGACAGUUUUCCAGCUCAUCAAUAUGUGAUAUUUAUCCUUUUACAUAUGUACUGUUUUAUUUUAUCUGUAGGUUGAGCAAAGUUGACCCCUUUAUCCACCUGUUCUAUGAGGAGUAGCGCUACAACGCAUUCAAUUUCAUUUUGUAGACACUUGUGUGUACAAAAUGACAAAAUAAAAUCAGUCUAAGUCCAAAUAACUCCUAAAUAAUAAAAUGCUAUAUAUGUGUAUAUCUGUGUCUCUAGUUAUAUCGAUCUAUCUGCAGUGUCCUGUAAUUAAAGAGUUUCACAAUUUAA